AUGCUCCAACGCAUGAAGAAAUUUGCUGAAGCUGCUAGUCACCCUGGUUUGUGUUUUACCCGCCUUGCUAGUGACAUCUUUGAACUUCACACCUCUUUUGGACGGCAUUGUUGUAUCCUUUCCCCUAAUGCAAUGUUGCCGAAACUUUUAGUAAGAUCUUUGAUGCAUCGGCUGUUCUUCGCUAUAAAUUGGCUGCAUGCAACCUGCAAUCUCAUCCACACAGGCCUGGUCAGAAUCCAGAAAGUCGAUGUGCAUAAACUUGGCGGCAUCCCGAUGCUUACAGAUUUUGGCCAGUUGCGAGAGGAUGACGGCCGCAUAAAUCAGGACUGGAUCACCCCCGAUUCAUAUCGAGCUCCAGAGGUACUUCUGCAGAUUCCCUGGACUUUUCAGGUUGAUAUGUGGUCUGUUGGUGUGAUGGUAAGUGAUUCGUGCGAAAAGUCCCAUUUACUUUUUUAA